AUGAAGAAAGAUGGGCCUGAGGACCAUACCCAGAUCAUUGAUCCUGAACUCCGGAUUGUUGCUCCUCACUGCCCAGGUUAUGCCCGACCGUCGCAAACGUAUCGACACAGAAGUGUUGCGAAUUUGCUCGAUCUCAGCCUGGAAGGCCUUUUAGAGGCAAAUGCUGGCUGUUUUGGUGAAAGGUACAACUAUGCUUCUCCUAGUUGUGCUCGCGUCCUCGCAACCAACCCAGAGAUGAAGUAUUCGUUCAACCUUUUGGAUGAGGAUAUGGACUCUUAUAUGAUGAAUGAAUGCACUGCGAAGAACAAAUUCCUGGUUCUGGAGUUGUGCAAUGACAUCACCAUCGAUACUCUUGUUCUAGCCAAUUUUGAGUUUUUCAGUUCAACUUUCAGAGAUUUUCGAGCCAGCGUAUCAGACAGAUACCCCAUCAAGACGGAAGAAUGGAAGACCUUGGGGACUUUCCGAGCUCUCGAUACCAGGAAUAUACAAAGUUUUCGAAUUGUAAGUCCCAUAAUAUGGGCACGGUAUUUACGCCUUGAUUUUCUGGACCACUACGGAAACGAAUAUUAUUGCCCGGUGAGCCUUGUGUACGUCCAUGGGACAACGAUGUUGGAAGAGUACAAGCAUGGCUCUCAACCGUGUUUGUGGGAGUCUUGCCAAAACGAUAUCCUAGGAGAUGUGUCCGCAGAAGGUUGCGUCCGCGCCACCGAACCUAUGAUAUCCGCAAAAGAAAGCAAACGUGCUUCUGUCGCAUGCGAAGGCUGCAUGGUGUCCUCCAGUGAGCAUGACUCAAUUGCAACGGCCACAAAUACCUUCACCGGGACUUCCUAUGAAGGUGACAGUCUCAAUACCUUCACAGCUACAACGGACAGAGACCACGAAAAUUCUAUGGGGGAAUGUGCUACUGAGGACCAGCUCACUGGCGAGCUAUCCAAACUUCCGAUCUCUCCCAUACAAUUGCCUUUGGGGACUACACCGUUGCCAGGCGAGUCUUUCUUUAUGAUGACGCAGAAUCGUCUACAGGGCCUUGAAACCAAUUACAUCCACUCAUGGAUGUAUAUAAAGGUGCAGUAUCACGCCCUCGAUGUUUAUUUGCACCAGAUCGAGCAAACCCAGAACGUACACGUUGAUGCUCUUCUUCGUCAGCUGAACACCACAAUGUUCAAUCAACUCGGUUCUUUCAGAAGUCAAUAUUCUCAUUUUACGAAAUUAAUUGAAAAUGAGCUUGCCCAGCAACAGGAAUGGUACGAACAAGAGAAACAUCAUGUUCACGUUCGUGUCGAUGCUCUGACUGAGGAGAUCACGUUUCAAAGACUAGUUUUGAUUCUGGAGCUAUUUCUCACUCUUACGUGCUUAGCAAUCAUUGUACUGCAUAGGAGAGUUGUCAAGCACUCGGCAAAUGCACGAACACUACAGCUUGACUUUGCGGAUUCGAGUAUGCUGGCAUUGCGAGACCUCGUCGACAUGAAGAGAAAUCCUCCUCGCAACCCGACGACACGUCUUCAAAAGAUAAGGGUCCUAGGUGCCAAUCGUCGAGGCUUGGAAAACGAAGGAAAUGAAGACGACGAAAUAGAUCAGAAGGAUAUACCGAGUCCUUAUACACCCAGCUUCGGAGACCCCUCUGAUGGAGAGUUCGACAUUGACUGAUCCUCACAAGAAAUGGCUUGGUCUCACUCAGGAUUGGUCGAUAGAUGGAUGCACCAGCUUGAAACACCAGCACCUGCUCAGGCUACAAGCCAAAAUUUGCGCCAUGUCUUCGAGCGCUGUUCUGGAGAGCAAGGAGACUUACGCAUCCAGAAUACAAUAUUCGAGAGUCACCUUUGCUAACCUGAGUCC